ACUGUUGAAUUUUCUUGCCUGCCACAUGAUACACACAGUAGGUCCAAUCAAUAUCAUCUUCGGUGUGGCCCAUGCACACAAUGCAGUUGGCAGUGAGAGAACUGCCAGUGUGAGAAAGAGCACUGUGUGAAUACGAAUGUGCCAACGAACUAAGGAACCACUCUUAAUGCUCUGUGUGUAUUUAUCCUACAUGAACUGGCUAAAGUGGGACAUGGUAAUGGUUGCUAAUGAGGGAAGAAGCUAUCAGAGGACUGCAAUGGAAGAUAUUUCUAUGGAACUCUCUUCCAUCACAAUGGACCCAGUCUGAGUCUACUGUACAUCCUGGUCCAGUUACUGUUACUAAUGGAGCCUUCCCAGAAUCCUCUCUGUUGUAGGGUCCACUUACCGAUAUGCUCUAGGCAAUGGGCGGCACCAAUCGCAGUGGUAUCGAUCUCUUUGGUCAGAAAUUGACAUCUCAAAAGGAACUGACAAUCACAACCUUCAACAAGUGACCUGUUGCAUAGUUACAAAUUUCAUUUAGUUACAACCUCAUCCAUGCUGUGUACGUGAUAGUCCUAAACAUUGGUGUUUAGCUGUGAUAUACCGUAUUACUUUUCUUAAAUACAAGAGGACAAAAUGAACAAAACUGUAUAAAUGUUAAAACCCCCUCAGACUGUCACUCUUUAGAUUGGAAUCGUAUUUGUCUGACAAGGACAAGAGAGAUGGACAGUUGCCAUUGGCCACAUAACAAUGUCUUCUGUUUCACGGAUAUACAGUAUUUUGCUUGCAAACCUAUACAGCCCCAUACAUUCCUAUCCAACCCUAUACAUUCCUAUCCAACCCUUUACAUUCCUAUCCAACCCCACACAUCCCUAUCCAACCCCACACAUUCCUAUCCAACCCCACACAUUCCUAUCCAACCCCACACAUCCUUAUCUAACCCCACAUCCCUAUCCAACCCUUUACAUUCCUAUCCAACCCCACACAUCCUUAUCUAACCCCACAUCCCUAUCCAACCCUUUACAUCCCUAUCCAACCCCACACAUCCCUAUACAACCCUUUACAUCUCUAUCCAACCCUUUACAUCCCUAUCCAACCCCACACAUCCCCAUACAACCCUUUACAUCCCUAUACAACCCUUUACAUCCCUAUCCAAGCCUUUACAUCCCUAUCCAACCCUAUACAUUCCUAUCCAACUCCACACAUCCCUAUCCAACCCCGCACAUCCCUAUUACAACCCCAUUUCAUCCCUAUCCAACCCUGUACAUCCCUAUCCAACCCCGUACAUCCCUAUCCAACCCCACACAUCCCUAUCCAACCCUGCACAUCCCUAUUACAACCCCAUUUCAUCCCUAUCCAACCCCGUACAUCCCUAUCCAACCCCAUACAUCCCUAUCCAACCCCAUACAUCCCUAUCCAACCCCAUACAUCCCUUUCCAACCCCAUACAACCCUAUUACAACCCCAUACAUCAUAUUCAACCCCAUUACAUCCCUAUCCAACCCUAUUACAACCCCAUACAUCAUAUUCAACCCCAUUACAUCCCUAUCCAACCCUAUUACAACCCCAUACAUCCCUAUCCAACCCUAUUACAACCCCAUACAUCAUAUUCAACCCCAUUACAUCCCUAUCCAACCCUAUUACAACCCCAUACAUCCCUAUCCAACCCCAUACAUCCCUUUCCAACCCCAUACAACCCUAGUACAACCCCAUACAUCCCUAUCCAACCCUAUUACAACCCCAUACAUCAUAUUCAACCCCAUUACAUCCAUAUCCAACCCUAUUACAACCCCAUACAUCCCUAUCCAACAAUCCUCCAAUGGAACUGAAAACUGUGACUGAGCAUUAUCCUCUCUGGAAUGUAUCUUCACUGUCCCUUUCUUUCUUCAUGUGUUCUCUCCCAGCUGUUACACUGUCCAACUGUGACCUCCCUGAUGGGUCAGUGAGAGGAGUGUGUGUGUGUGUGUAGGCUUGGAGCAGAGCAGAACAAAAUGUGCUGCAUACAACGCAUCUGGUUCUGAUGGCUUUAGCCUCAGUGCUGUGGCAGGUGUUCCAUAACGUGUGUAAUAAUAAUGUGAUCAGCUUCUCUCAAUGAAACGGACAACUCUGUUGUGACACGGUGUCAUUAAUUAAAGUGUUAUGUCUUACCUCA